CAAGAAAAAGAACCAGGCUUUAGCUGGGGAUUGUUAACGCACAACAUUUUUGCAUUAAGAAGAAUAAUCUAUCCUGCGAUAUUUCUGCACUGCGAGUCAUUAUGGUCCGCCUGACAGUGCAUCUGAUCGCAAAAUUGGGCAGUCACUCAAAAUCCAGCAGAAGCGAAUCCUUCCAGCAGUACCUGAGGAAACUGACCCAUCUCAACUUCUCAGACAAAAACAUAGAGGAGAUUGACGAUCUAUCAGUGUGCAGAAACCUCACAGUCCUUUACCUAUACGACAAUCAAAUAUCACAGAUCUGCAACUUGGGGUUUGCUUCAAACCUUACACACUUAUACAUGCAAAAUAACAAUAUAUCUUGCAUCGAGAACCUCUCGUCUCUACAUAAGCUCUCUAAACUGUUCCUGGGAGGAAACAGCAUCACUGUGGUGGAGGGAUUAGAGGAGUUGAAAAACCUAAAGGAGCUGCAUGUGGAAGGUCAGAAACUACCGUGUGGAGAAAAGCUGGUCUUUGACCCUCGUUCCAUUUCUUGCCUUUCUGAAACUCUGUGCAUUUUAAAUAUUGGCAAAAAUAACAUUGAUGAGUUAUGGGAUUUGGCUCCUCUCAGAAAACUGACCCAUCUUUUUGCUGCCGAUAACCAGCUACAUGACAUACAGGAGUUAGAAACAGUGUUCAGCCAAUGGUUUAAACUGCGGCUACUGGAUCUGAGUAGAAAUCCUGUGUGUCACAAACCUAAAUACAGGGACAGACUAAUAACUGUUUGCAAAAUUCUAGAGGACCUUGAUGGAAAACAAAUAAAUGAGCUAACAAGGCAGUUUCUAAUCAACUGGAAAGCCUCAAAAGACGCAAAGAAGAAACUAGAGGAUGGAAAAGACAACAAACAACAAAUGACAAACCCACUUACAACUUCAGCUGAUUUUCACUUGGGUCCCCAACAUCCUUCUGCCCAAGAGCGCAGCAGCUUUAUGAGUAAGCUGUCAGAAAAUGAAAAGCCUGGCGUUACAUUUCGGACAGACCAAGUUCAAGCCGACAGCAGAGGAAGAGGGACAAGAGGGGAUUACAGUACGGAAUGGCAAGCUCUGAAAAUAUGAAGCUUUAUCGAAGUCCUUUUGGCUU